UUUUUUUUUUUUUUUUUUUUUUUUUUGUUGCUCCCCUCUUAUGCUGGCUAGGUUUUGGGUUUCAUGCUAUGGGUUACUUGCGCCGCUAUGGAUCGGUCGGUUGGGUACACGGGGCAGCAGCAGAUGCAUCAUCAUCAUCAUCAUCGUCGUCGUCUUGUUUUUGUUCUUUAUGAUUAUUAUUAUGUAUCACAGGUAUGGUAUGGUAUAUCACAACACAUGUAACAGACACACAGACACACACACACACAAACAGACGAACAGACAGACAGACAGACAGACAGACAAAUGGAAUAUAGAACAGAUAAGAACAACAUAAGGAAAGAUGGAAUGCAGUGUACUAUCAUUGAUCAUGUUCGGAUCUUUUGCUGAAGGAGCAUGACCAUGACUGUCCAUACUCAUAAGAUGAAUAUCUAAAAAAGAUAUCAAUAAUCAACAAUAACCAAGAAAAAGAGGUCCGCUGGCUCAAUGGCAGAGCGUCUGACUACGAAUCAGGAGGUUCCAG